GUGCGGCGCAGGCCCCGGUCCGGCUCCAUAAGGCCGCGGGCCCCCGGCCGGACCCAGCGGCCCAACCGGGAGGGGCGAUGCGGACACCGGGAGCCAUGGCCUGGGCGGUGCGGAGCUGCCUCUGCCUCCUGCUCCUGGCCGUACCCGGGCAGCCGGGACGUGCGGGAUUCCAGCAGGUUUCUCUGUUGUCUUCCUAUGAAGUUGUAAUCCCACAGAAGUUGGGAAGAGAACGGCGAGAGGCUUCCAGUGUCUCCUCAGCACAGGACAAGGUGUCAUAUGGUGUUCAGAUAGAGGGAAAAGAAUACACGAUUCAUCUAGAAAAGAACAAAGAACUGCUGCCCAAAGAUUUCACAGUUUAUACCUACAAUAAGGAGGGGAAGUUGCAAUCUGAAAAUCCAGAUGUCCAGGAUCACUGCCACUAUCAGGGCUACGUGGAGGGGAGCCUGGAUUCAGUGGUUGCUGUCAGCACUUGCUCAGGGCUCAGGGGUUUGGUGACAAUAGAGAACAUCACCUAUGGCAUUGAGCCCAUGGAUCCCUCUUCUGGCUCUGAACACAUCUUGUAUCGAUUGGAUAAUGUGAAGAAGGAGCCCACGACUUGUGGGGUCACCCCUGAAGACCACGAAAGGGAACACACAGAGGAAAAUCAGCACCCCAGUAUGACCCAGCUGCUGCGAAGAAAGAGAGCGGUCCUGCAUCAAACAAGAUAUGUGGAACUCUUUAUAGUUGUGGAUAAAGAAAAGUUUGAAGAUUUUGGGAAGAGUGAAACAGAAGUAAGAGAACACAUGGUACAACUGGCAAACUUCCUUGACAGUAUGUACAUCAUGCUGAACAUUCGCAUUGUGCUGGUUGGUUUAGAGAUCUGGAAGUAUGAAAAUAUAAUUAGCACAGAUGGAGGUGCUGGGGAUGUGCUGGCAAACUUCGUGCAGUGGAGAGAGAAGAAUCUUGUUCUGCGCCGGAGACACGACAGUGCCCAGUUUGUUUUGAAGAAGGGGUUUGGUGGCACAGCUGGCAUGGCCUAUGUUGGAACAGUGUGCUCCAAGAGCCAUGCAGGAGGCAUUAAUGUGUUUGGAAGGAUCAGCAUUCAGAUGUUUGCAUCAAUUAUGGCUCACGAGCUGGGACACAACCUGGGAAUGAACCACGAUGAUGAACGGGUCUGUCACUGUGGGGCAAGCAGCUGCAUUAUGAGCUCUGGAGCAUCGGGAUCAAGGAACUUCAGCAGCUGCAGUGCAGAAGACUUUGAGAAGUUAACUCUUAACAAAGGUGGAAGCUGCCUGCUCAAUGUUCCCAGGCCUGAUGAAACCUACAGUGUCCCAUACUGUGGGAACAGGCUGGUGGAUGCUGGGGAGGAGUGUGACUGUGGUUCACCAAAGGAAUGUGAGAGUGAUCCUUGCUGUGAGCCAGGUACUUGCAGGCUCCGAUCCGGUGCUGCGUGUGCUUAUGGUGACUGCUGUAAAAACUGCCAGCUCCUUCCUGCAGGAACUGAGUGUCGGGCGAGUAACAACGAGUGUGACCUUCCAGAGUACUGCAAUGGCACAUCCCAGUUCUGCCAGCCUGACUUCACUGUCCAGAAUGGGCACCCCUGCCACCAGGAGGAAGCCUACUGCUACAACGGCGUCUGCCAGUACUACGACGCGCAGUGCCAGGAUAUCUUUGGCUCCAAAGCCAAAGCAGCCCCCAACAUUUGUUUUGAUGAAGUGAAUUCCAAAGGUGACAGAUUUGGCAACUGUGGUUAUCAUGGCCAUGACUACAAGAAAUGUUCCAGCUCGAAUGCCAUGUGUGGGAAGCUGCAAUGUGAAAAUGUGAAAACUAUGCCUGUUUUUGGCAUUAAGCCUGCUAUUAUCCAGACUCCCAUUAGAGGCACCACGUGCUGGGGUGUAGAUUUCCAGCUAGGCUCUGAUGUCCCAGACCCUGGAAUGGUGAAUGAAGGCACUAAAUGUGGUAAUGGAAAGGUCUGCAGACACUUCCAGUGUGUCAGUGCCUCUGUCCUCAACUACGACUGUGACGUGGAGCGGCAGUGCCACGGGCACGGGGUGUGCAACAACAACAGGAGCUGUCACUGUGAAGCAGGCUGGGCCCCUCCAUACUGUGACACCAAGGGCUAUGGAGGCAGCAUGGAGAGUGGACCUCCCUACAAUGAUAAAGACACCUCGCUGAGAGAUGGGCUGCUGGUGUUUUUUUUCCUGAUCCUCCCACUCCUCAUAGCUGCUGCUCUGGCAUUUGCAAAACGAGACAGACUGAAGAGAUGCUUUAGAAGAUUAAUGUCACGCUGCCAUUCGUCACUUCAGUCACCACCUCCUCGGACAGAAACUGAACAGAGAGACCACCACAGAGGCUUUUCACAUGGCAUGCCUUAUCCUCCAAGAGGUGUUCCCACGGAUAUGGAGCCAAAUACCUUUCCUGUUCCAUCUUACCCAGUUAACCAGCACCCUCAGCAGGCUUACCACCAGCCCUACUACCCAUCCUACCACCAGCCCUACUACCCAUCACCACAGUACCAGGCACAGCAGCCACAGAAGCUGCCCACAAGGCCACCACCUCCACUACAGAAAUGUGUGCCUCAGGGACCUCCUCCACCACAGCAAAAAUGUUUACCUCAGGGACAGUAUUUUCCCUCUCGACCUGCACCUUUGCCUCCCAAAUAGCUUUUUGGCUUCUUUGGGGUCUUGCUGUGAGCUGAGACAGAGCUGAGAUUGCAGUUGUCCUCCUGGCAUCAAGCAGAACGUGGGGAUCCCAGGGACCUUCCUCCUGCAGCCUGGGGGGAGGCAAACGAGAGGUGGGAACGAGGAAUGUCAAACUCUAAACUAAAUACCUCUACCAAAGCUACAGGGACUGAAAACAUCCAACCCCUUCCUAGAGCUCUCUGAGUGUUGUGGCUUUGUGACCUGCAGCCCUGCAGGGAGAUCAGCUGGGGAGCACAGAGCACGGGAGUUGGUUUUGGUUUCCCCAUUUCUGCAGUGAGCCCUAACAGUGAAAUUGUCUGAUCUGUUGUUGUCUUUUUUUAAAAACGUCCAGUGAAGAACUGAAGUGUGACCCAGACCGUUUGCAAAACAAGGAAAUCUGGCCAAGAAUGCCAAAUUAUUUUGCAUGGACUGGAAACAGCUUCCACAUUAAUGGCACAAGUGAAAUAAGAUAUCAGUGUACUUUUUCAGAGGAAGAUAAAUACCUUGUAAACAUG